AAAAUUUGGGGAGCACACGGUGAAGUUCCAUUUUUUUCUUUCGCGAAAAUUUUUUCUCAACUUUUCAAAGUCUCUCGUUCUUCGCAUCUCCUCCGACCAGAUUCAUCGCCGGAAAUCGGAGACGAUCUGACCUCCGUGGCCGUUCUGUCAUCACCUUUUUAUCUCUUCCUUUCUCCUUUCUUUUAUAACCCGUUUAAUCUCUCUGAUUUCCUGGGUUUUCCUGAUUUCCUUUCUCAUUUCUUUAUUCGCAGAUUGUUAGUCGGAAUCGAAAAAAUGGCUUUGAAAAGCCUGCGAGGUGAUAUAGAUAGAUAGAGAACAACACAUUUUGCAUUUAAUGGGAAGAUGGACUUGUCCUCAACAGGCUUCGAGCACUCAACAUUUAAAGGGGUUUGUAAAUUUACUAACAAGCCAAGAAGAAACACCAUAUAGUUUUCCCCAAACUAUAAACCUUGGAUCAUCUGAGCUACCUCGGUUCAGUAGCCAAGGUUCGGAUGGUUCAAGUGCACAUGUUGAAGACCGUAAGCAGAGAAGGCCGUGGACAGCAAAGGAGGAUGUGAUGCUCAUUUCAGCUUGGUUGAAUACCAGCAAAGACCCUGUGGUCUCCAAUGAGCAAAAGUUUGGGGCUUUUUGGAAGAGGAUAGAGGGUUACUUCAACUCAAGUCUCGAACUCAGUGGUCCAGAAGCCAGAGGGGCGAGUCAAUGCAAACAAAGAUGGGGGAGGCUGAACGAUCAAGUUUGUAAGUUCGUCGGUUGUUAUGAAGCUGCCGUUAAGGAUCAGAGAAGCGGACAAAAUGAAACCGAUGUGAUGAAGGCUGCACACGAGAUCUUCUACAACGAUUACCAAGUGAAGUUCACACUAGAACACGCCUGGAGAGAGUUGCGUUACGACCAGAAAUGGUGCUCAAAGGUUUCAAGCAAGAGAAGAAAGACGAAUGAGUGUGUUGGUCAGUCAGCAAGCUUCCAAGAAAAAGUCGUGUUAGAUGAUGAAUCAGAGACACGUCCGAUUGGAGUUAAGGCUGCAAAAGCUGCUGCUAAAGUUAAGAAGACUGCAUCAACCACAAAAGCUGAGCUAGAAGCCGAGAAACAUCUUAUGCAUCUACAGAAUGUGUGGGAAAUCAAGAAAAAAAAUAUGGAAAUCAAGAAACAACAAAUGGAAAUGAAGGACAAGCUCUCAAACAAAAAGCUGCUUGAAAAUCUACUUGCUAAAUCCGAGCCAUUGAUUGAAAAAGAACUGAAAAUUAAAGACAAGCUAAUCAAUGAUAUUUUGUCAUAAUUAUUCAAUCGGAUAGUGUAAUAUGUACUUUAUGUUUGGUUGUGUUGAAGUUUGGGGUGUUUAAGAACUAUGGUGGUGUCUAAGUUUUCUGUUUGUGUAAUAAGUAAUUUGUGUUUAUGUUUGUUAAUGCAUUGCUUAAUGUUUUGUGAAAAUCUUUUGCUUAAUGCCUUUGUCAAUUUUAUGUGUUUUGCAUAUCUUUUGCUUUUGAUGGUAUCUUUCACUAUGUG